ACGCACGCCCACUACCGUCUUGGGGUACUGAAGAGAACCAGCCGAAGAAGGGAGCCAAGGAGUAGUAAUGACUGUAGAACUGGGGCCAAGUAGGGAACGGGUAGACGAAGAAGAUUCCACCGGCCCUCAACUGAGGGCCUCUUGGCCCAACGCUGAGCCAGAAUUCGCCUGCACGUCACAGGAAGUGGGAGGCCCCACCCCUGGUGCUAGGGACCGGAAGUGAGCGUUGACCAGGCGUGGCUGUGGGGCGGCGAAGCGGCUGUGGGGCGUGUGGCGCCGCUGGGAUAGGAAAGGGCCCCGAGUCCGGAUCCUCCAAAACAAUUCACCUGUAAGCACUUGAAAUCAGCUCCUUCGUUUUCAGUAUGGAAGACACUUACAUUGACUCCUUGGACCCUGAAAAGCUAUUACAGUGUCCCUAUGAUAAAAACCACCAGAUCAGGGCCUGCAGGUUUCCUUAUCAUCUUAUCAAGUGCAGAAAGAAUCAUCCUGAUGUCGCAAACAAAUUGGCUACUUGUCCCUUCAAUGCUCGCCACCAGGUUCCUCGGGCGGAAAUCAGUCGCCAUAUCUCAAGCUGUGAUGACAAGAGUUGCAUUGAGCAGGACGUGGUCAACCAGUCCAGAAACCUUGGACAAGACACUCUGGCUGAGAGCACAUGGCAGUGUCCCCCUUGCGAUGAAGAUUGGGACAAAGAUUUGUGGGAACAAACUAGCACCCCAUUUGUCUGGGGCACAUCCAGCUUCUGUGGCAACAACAGUCCUGCUAGCAACAUAGUUAUGGAACAUAAGAGCAACCUGGCUUCAACCAUGCGAGUUCCCAAGUCUCUGCCCUAUAUUCUGCCAUGGAAAAACAAUGGAAAUGCACAGUAACUGAGUAUCUUAAAUGCCAGACUCUCAAAGACUCUUGCUUCUUUCUGCUACCCAAGAGUUCAUUUUUUUCUCCUUAUCUAAUUAGAGAAUGAUAAAAACUGUGACUUUCAAACUGACACGUGCCUUUUUUCCCCCCUCCACUCUUUGGGUCCUCACUAAAUUGAACCCUCAUACUCAGAAGAACAUCUUCUGAAUACUCUGUUUUUGUUCAGAAUCCUGUGGACCUCUUGCUGCCUAAAUAUUUCCAACAUAAGUUAGAUUUGUUUUAUAUUUAUCUCCCUACAUUCCAGCUAUAAAAUUUACUAGCUGUCAAACUAGGUGUAGACUUUGUAGGGCUAAAGAUUGGAAUAAAGAGGAAGAACAAAUGUACACAUACAGAAAGAGACAAGCUUUCCACCUGUGUGAAAUCUGAUUAAACUUCAAAGUUUAAAUAUAUGAAGGCAUUGGUGACUGCCCUGGGAUGUGUGUAACAGUUUAGAUUUCUCAAAUACCGAAGGCUCUGACUAACCUAGCACCUUGUGAUCCCUUAAAGGAGACUUCAUAAUCUCCCCAGACCAACAUUUAUGGGAGUUUCUUGUUUUGGUUUUUUUGUUGUUGUGUUUUUAUCCUCUGGUGCUAGGCAUUAAACCCAGGGCUUUGUGCAUAUUAAGCACAUGCUAUACCAUUGAGCUCCACCUCUAGCCUUUCAAGACCAUUUUUGGUUGUUUUCAGCUUUAGUUUGGUUUGAUUUUAAAACUCUGUGGCAGGGAAAAAGAUUUUGAAUCUGGCAUAGAUAAGGACUUGGAUAAAGUAUACUGACAAAUAUUUCAAAAAAUAUCCUCUCUAGUGUUGUUUGCAUGUGACAGAUAAGAAAGGGGAGUGGGGGCUGGGGAUUUAGCUCAGUGGCACCGCGCCUGCCUCCCAAGAGCAAGGUCCUGAUUUCAAUCCCCAGUACCAAAAGGGGAAUGGGCUUCUGAAGAAUGUCUCUUUCCAGGAGUUUUACACAAAACAAGAUACUGUCCUGAUAAAGCAGAGCUGUCUUGUUUAUUUAGUUCCAAACUAAAAACAGUUCCAAGAUAAGUCCCAGUACAAUAUUUUUUCUGUUUGUAGCUGUGUGGUCUUAAGCAAAUCACUAGACCAUUUCUUCUGUAGAGGUAUAAUGCACUGGGGGGAAAAUAAACACUAUAUGCCCCCAGUUCUAACCAUUUACGUGUGCAUUAAUCAACAUGUCACAAUAACUGAACUUUCUUUUAAAAUAAUCAUAUUGCUAGAAAAUACAAAACACUUGAUUUUGUUUGUUUUGGUAAUGACAACACAGCUAUCCAUAUUAUACUUGUAAUCAGGAUAUCCUAACUACUUUAGGAAAAACCAAGUUAGAAGUGUGACUGUUAAUGCAAUACAAUUCAAUAAAGAAAUCAAAUAGAAAACA